CCCCCCCCCCCCCCAAUAUAUGUAUAUCUAUACAGAAAGUAGCAAUGGAACUUGUUCCAUGUCCUCUGUCUUGCCAAUCAUCAAAUGAAGAAUCCAAUUUUCAAUCUGAUUCCACCCACCACCACUCAGAUUCAUCAUCAACUUCCUCUCUCGCAAGCCUGGCCUCUCUUCUCUCCCAACAAGACCACCAUCCAUCCACCACCACCCACCACCAUCACUGCAUGAUCUCCACCAUCAAAGCCCACUCUUCCGCCGUCUUCUCCCUCUCUCUUGCCGGAAAACACCUCUACUCCGGCUCCUCCGACAGCCAGAUCCGCGUAUGGAGUCUGGAUCCCUCUUCUAUCACCACCUCCCCGGAGAAAAUCGCAGCCUCCGGCAACAGCGCCGUCAAGUCCAUGGUAGUUUCAGGCGGCAAGCUCUUCAGUGCACAUCAAGAUCACAAAAUUCGCGUAUGGAAGAUAGACAAUGACUCUGUUCCAUACCAGAGAUACAAGCUCAUAGCCACCCUACCAAGAUUCAGUGACCGUGUCACCACCCUCUUCUCCGGCAAGAACUAUGUACGGAUCCGCCGGCACAAGAAGAGCACCUGGGUUCAUCAUGUGGACGCAGUAUCGGCGAUGGCCUUAUCUAAAGACGGCUCCCUUCUCUACUCGGUCUCAUGGGAUCGAACUUUCAAAGUAUGGAGAUCAUCAGACUUCAAGUGUUUAGAAUCAGUUUGGAACGCACACGAAGACGCCAUUAACGCUCUGGCCUUUUCCGGCGAUGGUUUUCUGUACACUGGUUCGGCCGACAAGACGAUCAAAGUGUGGAAGAAGCGAGAAGGCGACAAGAAUUCGAAACACGAGCUGGCCGCCGUCCUGGAGAAGCACACUUCGGCAGUGAACGCAUUGGCUCUUAGCACCGACGGCUCUGUGCUCUAUUCCGGCGCAUGCGAUCGUUCGAUAAUUGUGUGGGAAAGAGAUCACGGCGGCUGCGGGCCGCACAUGACUGUGGCCGGCACGCUGAGAGGGCACAGCAAAGCCGUCUUGUGCUUGGCAACAGUAUCGGAUGAUCUGGUAUGCAGUGGAUCGGCUGAUAAAACGGUUAGGGUUUGGAAGAGAGGGAUGGGAAAGAGUUACAGCUGUUUAGCGGUUGUUGAAGGACAUGGAAACCCAGUCAAGUGCUUGGCGGCGGCGGCGAAGGGCAGUGAUGGUGAUCGUAAUGGGGAGUCUGCGUCUUCUUCAGGGACUUGUUUUUUGGUCUAUAGUGGCAGUCUUGACGGUUAUCUUAUGGUCACCCAAGUUAUGGUUCGUUCCUUAUAAUUAUUCUUUCUUUCCUUUUAUUUUUAUGGGUUUUGGACGAUUUUGUAGAUAUGGGUUUUGUCUAAAUGCUUCCAUCACCAUUUGACCUAA